AUGGCGGUCGCCAAGCUGAGGGAGCAGCUCAACGCCCUCCUCUCCUCCAUGAUCACCUCGUUCCAGCAGUUGAAGAUGCUGUAUGAAGACAGGGGCAUGCCGGGCUUUAUCGCCAAUGUCGUCACCCUCUUUUGUGACUGGAUCAUUUCCGACCUCGCCUCCCUGCUGGAGCAUCUUAUCAUGGACUUCGAUAAGGUGGACCCUUACGUGCAUCAACUCAAAGGGAGUAGCGCUAGGUGA